AUGACGUGCGAGGACCCGAGCGAGCAGCCCCCGGUGGACGACUGUCUCAAGGUGAGGAGGUGGUGGUGCUUCCUCCUGUCGAGCAUUUUCACCUUCCUCGCGGGCCUCCUCAUAGUCCUCCUUUGGCGGGCCUUUGCCUUCCUCUGCUGUCGGAAGGAGCCGGAGUUCGCGCCCAAUGACCCCAAGCAAAAGGAGCAGAAGGCCGCGCGCCAAAGUAAGGAGUUCGAGGGGACGUUUAUGACCGAGGCCAAAGACUGGGCUGGCGAGCUCAUAUCUGGACAGACGACUACUGGACGCAUCCUCGUGGUUCUAGUUUUCAUCCUUAGUAUAGCAUCGCUAAUAAUAUACUUCAUCGAUGCCUCCAGUGAGGAGGUGGAGCGUUGCCAAAAGUGGAGCAACAACAUUACUCAGCAAAUAGACUUAGCUUUCAAUAUAUUUUUUAUGGUCUACUUUUUUAUACGCUUUAUCGCCGCCAGUGACAAGCUGUGGUUCAUGCUGGAGAUGUAUUCGUUUGUGGAUUACUUUACGAUACCACCGUCUUUCGUAUCGAUCUACUUGGAUCGGACGUGGAUCGGACUGAGGUUCCUCCGAGCCCUACGACUGAUGACGGUUCCUGACAUCCUCCAGUACUUAAACAUUCUAAAGACAUCGAGCUCGAUUCGCCUCGCUCAACUCGUCUCCAUAUUCAUCUCCGUCUGGCUUACGGCUGCUGGCAUCAUUCAUUUGCUUGAAAACUCAGGAGAUCCUUUCGAGUUCAAGAAUCCACAACAGCUUUCAUAUUGGACCUGCGUAUACUUCCUAAUCGUGACAAUGUCAACGGUGGGAUACGGCGAUGUAUACUGCCAGACGGUACUCGGCCGCACAUUCCUAGUAUUUUUUCUACUCGUCGGCUUGGUAAGCCCACCUCAUUCUAUGUAUUGGCCUUUAAGUCUCAUUUUAAGCCCAACUGUAUGGAAUUUUGAGAAUUCCUAUUGCGUUAAUCUUUUUUUUUUAUUAUUCAUGAUAAGAUUUGCAACAGAUGAUCUAUCAAGAGUCGAACACUUGAGAAAUUCGAAAAAGCUUCUCGAAUGA